UCAGUAUCAUAUGAAAUCUCGCGAUAGGAUCGCACUCCGAUCACUACGUAAUGUGCCGUGCUGCUUCUGGCGGCGCUGGUGACAGUGCUGAAAGCUGUUGGGUAUGAAGUGAAACGGAACUGAAUUUUUUUUGUACCAUCCAACUGCUUCUUCAAGUUCAGAUCACAACAAAGAAACAAAUUCAAGAGAAACAUCCUGAAACAUAGUCGCAACAACUCAAGGAAAGGAUCACUUCAAAGGAGAAUCUAGAAGCAACUAAACUAAGAAGACACAAGAUACACACCUGCCCAAUCGAAACACACUCAAGAGAAGCAAUCCUUUGCCAACAUUGCGAAACCGUGAAGAUAACUGAUCUGAGACCAGAAGUUUGUGCCUACUCAACAGCUUUGACAAAGCACACGUCCCAACGCUACUCCCAGCCGCCCUCAUCCUCACCACCGACUCUACCCUGGGGUGCCUAGAGGGCUUCUAUUUGUUUUUCGUUUUUUCCCCCCGGUUCCUUUAACUAUCCCAUCUCCUUCGUCUAUCUCUUCUUGCUCUGUUUAUUUUGUUUUCAAGCACUAUUGCACCUGCUUUUGCCUUUUAAAAUAUUUUUCUCCCCUUUGCUUCAUGCUACUCGUAUCUAGAACUUGUGCCAGAAACCUGUAACAAAUAAGUGUGAGAUCUGCAAAGGCGUUCAAGACGACCAGAAGUUUCAAGACGCCAAAUCAAGACAUCCAGAGGUGUAUCAUUGGGUGGUUGAGCAAAAAAAUAACAAAUCGAGGCAGUCAAGCAAACCAGUUAUCAAGUACAACAAAGGGGUGGAGUUUUGCUUGAGUUUAUGGAAAAAUAUGGGCAGCCCCUGGAAAGGCUUUGUUGAGUUUACCUUGCCCACGUCGCCACCUGCCGCGUUUAUUAGCGCUGACCUGAGCAGCACCUCUCCCGUCGGACUCAGCCUGUCACCAUACGGCCGAUCCAUGAGUUUUGACCCUGGCAUGCUCCACAACAACGGGCACACGGCGUUUGCCAACGGCACGGCGGCGGGCAUCAGGGAGACAGGAGUGGUGGAGAAGCUGCUCACCUCCUACGGGUUCAUCCAGUGCUCGGAGCGGCAGGCGCGCCUCUUCUUUCACUGCUCCCAGUACAACGGCAACCUUCAGGAGCUCAAGAUAGGAGAUGAUGUGGAGUUUGAAGUGUCCUCAGACAGGCGCACUGGCAAGCCCAUAGCAGUGAAGCUGCUUAAGAUCAAACCAGAGGUGCUUCCAGAGGAGCGCAUCUCGGGCCAGGUGGGGCCAGACUCGCACGCCUCUCCCUUUACUGUGCUGCAUGGUUAUAUUCAUCCAGUUGUCUCAGCGAUUCCCACUCAACUGGAUGGCAAAUCUGCACCGGGGCAGGUGCCCACUGGCAGUGUGUGUUACGAGAGAAACGGGUAUGGAUUCCUUCCCACGCAGGAGGUGUUUUACCUGACCUACACCCCAGAUGACAUAGAGGGCAACAUGCACCUGGACACGGGAGACAAAGUCAGCUUCUAUAUGGAAACCAACAAGCACACUGGUGCAGUCAGUGCUCACAACAUCGUCCUGGUAAAGAAGAAACAGAUGAGGUGCCAGGGGGUUGUCUGUGCCACCAAGGAGGCCUUUGGGUUCAUUGAGAGGGCUGACGUGGUGAAGGAGAUCUUCUUCCACUACAGCGAGUUCAAGGGUGACCUGGAGGCCCUUCAGGCCGGCGACGACGUGGAGUUCACCAUCAAAGAGAGAAACGGGAAAGAGGUGGCCACCGACGUGAGGCUGCUCGCCCAGGGAACCGUCAUAUUUGAGGACAUCAGCAUUGAGCAGUUUGAAGGCACUGUCGUCAAAGUCAUCCCUAAAGUUCCAACCAAGAACCAGAAUGAUCCGCUCCCAGGCCGAAUCUGUGCUAGGAUCAGCUUCACGGACAAGGAGCUCCUAUUCGGCGAGAAGGAUACCAAGUCCAAGGUGACCCUGCUGGAGGGCGACCAUGUGCAGUUCAACAUCUCAACAGACCGCAGGGACAAGCUGGAGCGGGCCACCAACAUCGACAUCCUGCCCGACACCUUCCACUUCACUAAGGAGUCCCGUGAGAUGGUAAGGACCAUGAGGAGAUCUAUGGGUGUGAUCGCUGCAAUGCGUGACGGCUUUGGCUUCAUCAAGUGUGUGGACCGGGACGCCAGGAUGUUCUUUCACUUUAGCGAGGUGCUGGAGGAGGGCCAGCUGCACAUCUCUGAUGAAGUCGAGUUCACAGUUGUGCCCGUGAGUCCAGAGAGAACGCCCAUGGACAUGCUGUCUGCCCAGAGGAACCACGCGGUGCGCAUAAAGAAGCUGCCCAAGGGCACAGUCUCCUUCCACACCCAGUCUGAGCAGCGCUUUGUGGGUGUGGUGGAGAAGGAGGCCACAGCAGCCAUCACCAACAACAAGAGCGCCAGCCCCAGCAAGGCCAAAGAGAAGAAAAAAGACAAGGAAGCAGAAGAGGGAGUGGUUUCUUAUGAGGACUGUGGAGUGAAGCUGACUGUGUCGUACCACGUCAAAGAUCUGGAGGGAGCUACCCAGCCACAGGCAGGAGACAAGGUGGAGUUCUCCAUCAAUGAGGUAAAGAGGACGGGCCAACAGAGCGCUGUCACCAUCAAGAUCCUCAACCGCACUGUCAACACCAAGAGGCUGCUGGGAUACAUUGCCACACUGAAAGACAACUUUGGCUUCAUAGAGACAGCCAAUCACGAUCAAGAGAUCUUCUUUCAUUACAGUGAGCUGUGUGGAGACUUGGAGAACCUGGAGCUGGGCGACACUGUGGAAUACACCCUGUCCAAGGGCAAAGGAAACAAAGUCAGCGCUGAGAAGGUUACUAAGGUGGUAGCAGUGAAUGGUGUGGGGCAGGAUGUUGGUGAGACGGUGAUGUUGGGGAAGGUGGUGCGCCCUCUGCGCAGUGUGGACCCGUCCCAGACAGAGUACCAGGGGCUCAUUGAGCUCUUGGAGGAAGAUGGCACAAAGUGCCAGAAUUACUCCUUUGGCAUCGUGGGCAUGGCGAACAAGGCAGACUGUCUGCAGAAAGGCGAGAUGGUGAAGUUCCAGCUGUGCACAGUGGCUCAGACAGGACAGACGAUGGCCUGCAACGUUGUCCCCCAACGUAAAGCCCUGGUGGAGUGCGUCAAGGACCAGUUUGGUUUUAUCACGUAUGAAGUUGGCGAGAGUAAGAAGCUGUUUUUCCAUGUCAAAGAGGUGCAUGAUGGCUUAGAGCUCCAGACCGGGGAUGAGGUGGAGUUCUCAGUCAUCCUCAACCAACGCACAGGGAAAUGUAGUGCCUGCAACGUACGCAGAGUUAGUGAAGGGCCUAAACCGGUGGCAACCCCCCGUCCUGAUCGCUUGGUCAACCGGCUCAAGAGCAUCACCCUGGAUGACGCUAGUGCCCCCCGCCUAGUUAUUGUGAGACAGCCCCGCGGCCCUGACAAUUCAAAGGGCUUCAAUGUGGAGAGGAAGACCCGUCAACCGGGUGUCAUUGACUGAGCAGUAUAUAACCUUUCCCGUCUGACUAGGUGGGCCCUGAUUUAGAAAUGCAACGUGAGAAUGGACGACAACAAUGGAAAGGGAUGUUUGCUGUCUUGUGGACACAUGCUCCUACACACACUCUUGAUACACAGAGAAAUAAGCAUGUGUAACCCCUCCAUGUUCCAUCACCUGCAAGGGAACCCUCAUUCCAUUUGUUCUCUGCUGCCCAUGUAUGAUGUACUUGAUACAGUUUCGUACUGCAGUAUACAAGGCGGGAUCCCUCUUCCGAGUGUUGUGCGUGUGACUGUUGUGCAUAAGGUGUUUUUAGAAAUGAUAGAAGUUACAGAGGAAUUUGUUUUGAGGGUUUCUGUGUGCUUUAGAAUCAGUGACGGUUGCGUGGCAGUGUCUUGUCCCAUCUGCUGAAUCUGCCUAAUUGUCUGGAAUUCUGCACCUGCAACCUGUUGUGUGUGGGCAUGUAUUAGAGCUCAUCUGCUUCUUUUCCUCCAUUGUUCUCCCUCAUUUAAGGCAACUAAAUGAUUAUCAUUUGCCAAUGGUUUUCACUAUGCUUUCCUACAAAAUGCAUAAAGCAAAGUUCCCUCCAUAAGGAGGGUGAUGUUUCUCAUGUGUGGACUAAAACAGAGGCUACUUCUCUGCUCGGUUUUUUUGAGCAGUUUUUUAAACUCUAUCCAAGAGCUGGAGUGAAAGCAUGGUGUUGUGUUGCCUGUGAAUGUUUAAGUGGCUAUAUGAUUUGGAUUUACUUUCACAAAUCUGGAGCCUUUAGAUAACUUUUCGCUAUUAACACGCUUUGUAAGCAAUUUCCUCAGGUGCAGAAUUCCUAAUGGCAUCUUAUAUCGAGCAGUUUUAUACCAUGUACUUUAUUAUUUUUUGCACCUCUUUGCUUUUUUGUUUCAUUGACGUAAGAAUACGGUGCCUAAACUACAAAAACAUUUUUUUUUGACAUAUCCCCUGUCCCCAGCCCAACUGCCAAAAUAUGAAGAAAGGAUGGCUUUUUAUUCCCAUUAGAAAUAAUACUGAUCUGCAUCCCAAAUACCUGUUGGUUGAAAUAUACUGUAUGUAAUGUGUGCUUUUUUUUCUUAGUGAAAGAUUAAACAUCACAAUAUAACAAAAAUACAUUUUAACUUCAGUAAAAAAACAGCGGGGUAACAAAGCAUUAGAAUUAAGUUGCGUCUUAAGGAUCAGGAUAUCUAUUGUGCUCUGGCGGUGUUGGAGGGUGAUCUGUUGUGUCUGUACGCACAUACGGCAGUUAGAGACCAUUUAUUUAAACUGGAGAUCACUGGGUUGAACCUGAACUGCACAGGCGCUCCUAUGUACUUUUGUUAAUGGUCUUGAAUGAAGCAAUUGAAUUAAAGUUUUAUGAAAAUCA